AUGGCCGAAGUACUCGAGACGCCUGUAUCGCGCCGCCUGGCCUCGGUGAAGAACAUCAUCAUCGUCAUCUCCGGCAAGGGUGGAGUUGGCAAGUCGAGCAGUUCGGUACAGUUGGCGCUGUCGCUGCUCAACCAGGCGCCGGGCACGCGUGUGGGCCUCCUAGACUUGGACCUGACUGGCCCCUCUCUUCCGCGUAUGGUGGGCCUCGACGUCCCCGGUGCAACUGUUCACCAGUCUUCGGCCGGGUGGGUUCCGGUCUAUGUGGACCGUGAGCGGCGGCUGGGCGUCAUGUCCAUCGGGUUCCUGCUCAAGGACCGGGGUGACUCGGUUGUGUGGCGCGGACCAAAGAAGGACGGCAUGAUCCGCCAGUUCCUCUCCGAGGUGCGGUGGGGCGACCUCGACUACCUCAUUAUCGAUACGCCGCCGGGCACUUCUGACGAGCACAUCUCCCUCCUCACCCACCUACACCCCAUGUUCACGCCGACUGCCGGCAGGCCGACUGUGCCGAGUGCGGUGGUGAUCACGACGCCGCAGCAGACGGCGUUGAAUGACACUCUGAAAUCAAUCUCGUUUACGCGCAAACUCGCACUGCCAGUCCUCGGCCUGGUCGAGAAUAUGGCGGGAUACGUGUGCCCGUGCUGCGAUGAGAUCAGCGACCUGUUCGGGUCGGGGGGUGGCGAGCGCCUUGCUGAAGAGCAGCACAUCGGGUUCCUCGGUCGCGUCCCCAUCGACACGCAGCUCGUCAGGCUCCUCGACGCAGUAUCCAAAGGUGAGAUCCCUGGAGCCGACACGGACGAGGGCAAGGAGGCUGUCAACGGAGAGAACAAGGACGAGUUCCCACUCCUCGACAAGUACAACGCGACCACGUCGUCCAAAGUGUGGAAGGACAUUGCCAAGCGGGUUGUCGAGGAGAUCGAAACGCGACGGGCAACCAUCGCCGUCGCCCUCACCAAGGUGUGA